AUGAACAAAUCUCUUUCUAGCAGUGAAUCUUAUUGCGAAGAAAUAGUCGAUUCAGCUGCUAUGUGUAAAAGUGAACUAUUUGUUGAAUUGAUCGAUACAUGUCCAGCUGUAAUUAACUAUAUUACUACACCGUUAAAUGCUUUGAUUACUAACAGUGCCGAUAGUGAAUUGUUCACAAAUAUAAACAUACCUUUGGACAUUGGAAAUGUUUAUGCAUCAGUUAUAUAUGAUUGUUACGAUAAAGAUCUAUGUAAUAAUAAUAUAGUAGAGAAGCAAUAUAAAGAAUUCAUUGCAUUAAACUAUACGCAGUUGACUAUUAAAUUAGCUGAACUUCUAUACGAUGAUCAAAUCGUUACAAAACAACAAUCUAUUGAAUGUUACAAUCGAAAUAGAAAAAUAGAAAAACAUUCCAUCAAUGGAAAUUGUCAAGCAACUCUGGUUGUUCAACAAGGAAGAUCCGAUUUACUAAUUACAACUUACGUUUCUGAUAGGCGACCAGGUUCGAUAGCCGGUGUUACUCUCCAAUCGAAAUCUGUCGGUAAUGACUACCAAAAAACAAGUAUUUCUUAUAUUUGUAAUAGAAAUAGAUGUAACGACCCAAUUAUAAUGAAUCAAAUUCGUCAAAUUCUCGCUCAAUUCAAUCUAGUUAAUUCAAAUGUUAACAGCCUACAAUCUUUUUCCAGUGUGUUAUUCAUUGCCUGUAUGAUUACAAUUGUUUGGAAUCGUUGA